UGCAGGCGGCCGCCAUGGACCAGGCCGGGAAGGAGAAGGAGGCGCUGCAGCUCCUGGCCGAGGCCGACAAGAAGGUCCGCGGCUCCCAGUCCUUCUUCGCCGGCCUCUUCGGGGGCUCCUCCAGGAUAGAGGAAGCAUGCGACAUCUACGCCCGAGCAGCAAACAUGUUCAAAAUGGCCAAAAACUGGAGCGGUACGUACACACCCGCAGGGAACGCCUUUUGCCAGGCGGCGCAGCUUCACCUGCAGCUGCAGAGCAAGCACGACGCAGCCACCAACUUCGUGGACGCGGGCAACGCCUUCAAGAAAGCUGACCCGCAAGAGGCCAUUAACUGUUUGAUCAGAGCUAUCGAGAUCUACACAGACAUGGGUCGGUUCACCAUCGCUGCGAAGCACCACAUAUCGAUAGCGGAGAUCUACGAGACGGAGCUGGUGGACAUCGAAAAGGCCAUAGCCCACUACGAGCAGGCUGCGGAUUACUACAAAGGGGAAGAGUCCAACAGCUCGGCUAACAAGUGUUUGCUGAAAGUGGCCACGUACGCGGCCCAGCUGGAGCAGUACCAGAAAGCCGUGGAGAUCUACGAGCAGGUGGGCACCAGCGCCAUGGACAGUCCCCUGCUGAAGUACAGCGCCAAGGAGUACUUCUUCAAGGCGGCCCUCUGCCACUUCUGCAUCGACAUGCUCAACGCAAAGCUGGCCGUGCAGAAGUACGAAGAGAUGUUUCCGGCGUUCACGGACUCCCGGGAGUGCAAGCUGGUCAAGAAAUUGCUGGAUGCUCACGAGGAACAGAACAUCGACGGCUACACCGACGCGGUGAAGGAAUACGACUCCAUCUCCCGCCUGGACCAGUGGCUCACCACCAUGCUGCUCCGCAUCAAGAAAACCAUCCAGGGCGAGGAGGAGGACUUGCGCUAAGCGGCUGCGCACCCCCCCUUUUACCGACACCCCCCCACCCUUCUCCGGAGCCAUUCCCGUUUUCCGGAGCCGCUCCCGCCCGGCUCUGGGCCCUCCCUCUUGUACAUGGACCCCUCUUCAGAUAUUUAAUGGUGUAAUAUAUUCCCCGGGAGCCCGGGUUUUGACUCCUGCCUUCGCUCCGGGGGUCCCCCCCCUUCUCUGGGGGGGGCUGCGGGGGUUUGUGUCCCCCCCCACCUCCCCGGGGGGGAGCGGUGAGGAGGAGGAGGAGGAGGAGGAGGAAGGCAGGCGCUGCUGCAUGCGUUGGCGUCGACCGCGGGGCUGUAGCGCGUCCUCGCAAAGGCAAAUAAA